AGGCAGUUGGAGAGAGUGGAGUGAGUGGGCGGAGGUGAUGGAUUUGGUGGAGAUGGAAAGCUGGACGUCAUCAGCAUACCAGUGAAAGUUGAGACCACGGUGGCGAAUGAUGUUGUCAAGGGGAAGCAGGUGAAUCACCAUGACGACAGAGGCAGGUGAGCCACAGGAGGCCCAGCCCAAAGAAGGAGAGUCUUUCCCUGAAGCCGCCUCCCACUCUACACCUAAACAGGGAGCGGAGGGCGGGCCGACCCAGAGCCAAGCUCAGAGCUCAUUGGCCGAGGACUCGACAAGUCACCUGUCGUCGAGCAGUUGGAUCGCUCGCUCUCCGGCCAGAAACCCACUGAGCUUCAGGACGAUGCAGACCAAAGUGACCCUGCUGGAUGGCUCACUGUUCACCUGCACUGUGGAGAAACGAGCUCGUGGUCUUCAGCUGUUUGAGAAGGUCUGUGAACACAUCAACCUGCUUGAGAGAGACUACUUCGCUCUGUCCUUCAGAGACGCUGACAACAACAAGAACUGGUUGGAUCCGGCAAAGGAGAUGAAGAAGCAGGUCAGAGGUGUUCCAUGGAAUUUCUCUUUUAACGUCAAGUUUUACCCUCCUGACCCCGCCCAGCUCUCUGAGGACAUCACCAGGUACUUCCUGUGUCUCCAGCUCAGACAGGAUAUAGUUUCCGGUCGUCUUCCAUGUUCAUUUGCGACUCACACAGGCCUAGGUUCCUACACUGUCCAAUCAGAGCUCGGAGACUACGAUCCUGAUGAGUGCGGAUCAGAUUACAUCAGUGAACUGUGUUUUGCUCCAAAUCAAACAAAAGAAAUGGAGGAGAAGAUCAUGGAGCUUCAUAAAUCCUACAGAGGAAUGACACCAGCUGAGGCAGAAAUGCACUUCCUGGACAACGUAAAGAAACUUUCCAUGUACGGAGUCGACCUUCAUCACGCAAAGGACUCGGAGGGCGUGGCCAUCAUGCUGGGUGUGUGCAGUAGUGGUCUGCUGGUCUACAGAGAUAGACUUAGGAUCAACAGAUUCUCGUGGCCGAAGAUCCUGAAGAUCUCGUAUAAAAGGAACAACUUCUACAUCAAGAUCCGACCUGGAGAGUUUGACCAGUUUGAGUCUACUAUUGGUUUCAAGCUGCUGAACCACCGAGCAGCUAAAAGAUUGUGGAAGGUCUGUGUGGAGCAUCACUCCUUCUUCAGGCUGAUGUCUCCAGAGGAGACCCCGAAGAAGUUCCUGUCUCUGGGUUCAAAGUUCCGGUACAGUGGUCGGACUCAGAUCCAGAGUCGUAGAGCCAGCGCUCAAAUAUCCAGACCUGCACCGCAUUUCCCACGAUGCAUAAGCAAGAGGAACUUGUUGAGCCGCAGCCUGGACGGAGCUUCCAGGGCCCCGUCCUCUCUGAUUGGCUCUCCAGCCAUCACCGCGUCCCCCAAAGCCAACGGUAGUACACACACAGAUAUGGGUACGGGACUGUACGGAGCAUCUAAAGCCAUCGCCGUCAGUGACCUCAUUACCACUGUAACACCUGAGAGGAGGACGGAGGAGAGGGGGGAGGAGCAAGUGGAGGAGGUGCUGGUGUUGGAGGAGGAGGUGCAGGAGAGGCUGGAGGUGGAUAAAGAGGAAGUGCAGCAGGAGGAGGAAGAGGAGGAGAGGGAAGAGACCAGAGAGAUUUCUCAGCAGAGUCCUCUGACUCCUCAGAAACAGGACACCAAGACGGAGCUGACUGACACAGCUGUGGACGGAGACCUGACGGCCACUGAGUCUGAUCAGGAUGAAGACUUGAAGACUCAGGAGACGUUGGCGAGUCCAGAAGAGGAGCAGAAACCACAGAGCACCAUCAGCGCUCUCAGGCGCUCAUUCUUAGAGGGGGGAGGAGGAGGAGGAGGGAUGACAGAGUGGGAGAAACGUCUUGCCUCCUCACCUCUACGCCGAGUGGACGACUCCCCGAUGAUUGAACCGCUGGAACCAGACGAGGCCCUCCCACUGGACAGCAGCUCGGCAGCGGAGGGUGGGGUCAUAAAAAACCAAGCUCCCCCUCAGCCAAUCAGAGAGAAGAGCUACACUGUGGGGCGAAGCUACGACACCGCGUCCGGCCGGGUCGUCACGAUGACAACCAGGGAUGACAGUUCCAACAUUGCCAUGGGAACAGGGAGUGCUGAGACAGGAAGGCAGGUCAGAAUCAUCCCACUGGCCACCGCUGAUGAUGUCAUCACACCAGGACCGUUAAUUACGAUUCUUGAGGUGAAGACGCCAACCUCGCCGUCAGAGCCUCCACCUGGCGUCUGUGACAUCAUCACUGAUGUGACCAGAGGAAGUGGAGUAAGACGUCUGGACCUUCGUGGGGGCGGAGCCUCUGUGAUCUCACCUUUGACCCCACUGCUUCCUCCUAAAUCCCCUCUGGCUGAGCUCAACCCCGUGCCCUCGCCAGGUCACCUGACAGGAAGGACAUCACCCUCCAUGGCCAAAGUGCCUAAACCUACAUUUGAUGAAAUGUCUCCUGAACUGACCGCUUUGCUGAAGUCGGCUAGAGAACAAAAAACCUUCGGAGACCACAACCUGCUGAAGACGUCAGAGAAGGUGGAGACUGUCUUCUUGAUGACGGAGCCAUGUGACCAGGACCAGCCUAUGGCAGACCAGCCUCAGGAGGUCCCAGUGAUGAGGAAGACUCUCACAUAUGAAGCUCCAGGGAGCCGAGUGGACUCUGAUCCUCCCACAGGUUUACUGUUGAGCUCCCAGACCUUCACUGCAGAGACCGCCAACACCACCACCACCACACACAUCACCAAGACGGUUAAAGGAGGGAUUUCAGAAACCAGAAUUGAGAAGAGAAUUGUGAUUUCUGGAGACUCAGAAAUUGACCAUGACCAGGCUUUGGCUGCGGCGCUCAGCGAGGCGCGUCGGCAGCAUCCUGAGCUGUCUGUCACACGAGUUGUCGUCCAUAAAGAAACAGAGGUCUCUCCUGAACACGUGAAUGAUUAGUGACAUCACAGGACUGACUGUAGAAGACCAUGCUGCAUUAUGGAAGUUGUAGUCCAGACUACAGACCCAACAGCGACACACAGUGGACAUUAAUGGAACUGAGGAUUUACACACACACACAUACACACACACACACACAUGCAUGUACACUUGUACAUACACAGCAGCACCUGUCUGUCUCUUGGGGGCGGGGCCAAUGGCUGAGUUAGCUUCAAAGCAGUUAGCAUUAGUUUGAUUGUAUGAUUAGGUCUAGUUGAAAGCUUUAUGAUGGUACAACUGUUUAGAUAAUUUGUAUAGACAGGUGAGCCACAGACAGGUAAAAGAUGGACAGGGGGCGCUGCUGUGACACCAUCAACACGUUCCCAUAGCAACUAGACCAGCAGAGCUGAUGAACUUUCACCACAAAUUAACACCAAAACUUGACCUGUUGCUGCAUUUACUUUCAAUUUAAACAAGCCCCGCCCCCAAACACCAGACACCCUGACAGGUUUAAGCAGACAUCCGACUGCUUGGUUGACUCCGGUGUAUUUGCCCCUGAUUGUGUACUAUGGAAGAAAUCAGCUUAAUGAAACUUCAGACAAACGUUUGCAUCACAUCUGACAGAUCUGUAAUAAUAACUGCUGACUCUGUUGCACCUGGUGAGGUCACCUGACUCGAACCUGUCACACCAGAUGAGGGUCUUCUGACAGUCUGGUGCAAACGGUUUCCCAUCUGAAAUUUAAAAUAGCAUGACUGCUAGCACUGUAACUAUUCACUAUAUAGCAGCUAAAUUUAAGAUCUGUAUUUACCCACAAUGCAAUAGUAAUGUGCCAUUCUCUCAUCUCGCCAUGGAAACCCUCAUUAUGAAUUAUUUUUCUCAUCUAUGUAUUGGUUUUUGUGUCUGUUUGUUUAUUUAUUUAUUUAUUGAUCUGUGUUUGUCUGUAAUCCCAGACUGACUAACUGACUGACCACUCCCCCUGGUGUCAUAUUACAAAUCUACCACUCCCCCUAAUGUCAUAUUACACAUUGACCCCUCCCCAUGGUGUCAUAUUACACAUUAACCACUCCCCCUGGUGUCAUAUUACAGACGGACCACUCCCCCUGGUGUCAUAUUACAGUCUGACUACUCCCCUGGGUGUCAUAUUAUACAUUGACCACUCCCCCGGGUGUCACCCAUAAAUAUAAAUCUUGUUUUAUUUUCUUUAUGAUAACUUACUGAAUGUGUUUUCACCCACUGAACACCAAUAAAAGGAUCAACGAAG